GGCCACGCGUGUAUUGUUUAAACUGCUCAAAGGCGAGUGAGUUUUCAAAGCAGCUAAACUAAACUUCCACCAAGUCGAGUGAUGGCGGCCGUUGUGUCUGUGAGCGCAAACGCCAAAGAAGACAACACAGACACAGCGCUCAGCUUCGCCUCUCGCCCGCCUCACGAAAAGUACGACCUCGCUGCCGACCGCGACAAGUGGAGGCCCGCAGACCGCCGGCGGCCCCCGGAGCUGCUAGAAGCCGACGAGGAGGUCCUGUCUACGGUACGCGAGGGUCAGCGGAGGGCCGACGAAGACUUGACACCUCUGAGCCCCGAAGAGAUUAGGAGCCGCUUGGAGAGAACUCGCCGAGAGUUUUACAACCGCAGGAAGAUUAUCAUUAAAAAUCUACCGUGCGACGUCACCAACCAGGAGGUCCAUGAGCUGCUGGCCAACUAUGACCUGAAGUACUGCUUUGUAGACAAAUACAAGGGCACAGCCUUUGUGACCCUGCUCAAUGGGGACCAGGCGCAGAGUGCAAUCAAGGACUUCCACCAGCAGAUGCUCCGUGAGCGGGAGAUCUCGGUGCAGCUGCAGCCGACUGACGCCCUGCUGUGCAUCGCCAACCUGCCACGCUCUUUCACCCAGCAGCAGUUUGAGGAGCUGGUGCGGCCCUUCGGCAACCUGGAGCGCUGCUUCCUCGUGUACCGGGCGUCCAGCGGCCACUCCAAGGGCUAUGGCUUUGUGGAGUACAUGAAGAAGGACUCGGCAGCCCGGGCCAAGUCAGAACUCCUCGGCAAGCAGCUGGGCUCGCGCAUGCUGUACGUGCACUGGACCGAGGUGGGCUCGCUCACGUACCCGCUGCUGCACUCAAAGUGUCUAUGCGUGGACCGCCUGCCUCAGAGCCUGCUGACCGCUCAGGACCUACGAAAUGCGCUGGCUGACACCCAACCGCCAGUCUUCUGCCAGUUGGCUCAGGGACAAGAUGGAAGUUUUCGGCGGUUUGCCGUGCUGGAGUUCGCCACUGCUGAGAUGGCCGAGGAGGCUCAGCAGCUCGCAGAUGGCAGGCUGCUGGGCGGGACGCACAUCAGGGCAUCCUUCUGUGCCCCCGGACUGCCCGGACGCAGCAUGCUCGCCGCUCUGAUUGCUGCCCAGACCAUGGCUGUGAACAGGGGCAAAGGUCUCCUCCCUGACCCCACCGCCAUGCAGAUCCUCACAGGCCUCAACAACCCGGCUGCCCUCAAGAUGCUGCUCAACCCGCUGUCUCAGGGCCACAACAAACAAGGUCUUCUCGGGGCGGCCCCCGCGGUGCCGCUGCUCGCCAACCCAGCCCUCCACGGCGUGCUGCUCCAGUUGCUCCUUCAGAAGCUUCCUCCUCCUCCACCGCAAGCCUUUCUGGGAAAUCCUCUUCUUUGGGCUCAGGUGCUGCACAGUAACGACCCCCCUCUUGCGCUUUGUGCAGGACUCAUGGCGGACAAUCCUCUGGCCUCUCUGCCUGUCCAGCAGGGAGUCCAUCUGCUUGGAGAGCUGCCCCAAGGUCUUGGCCUUCACACUGAUCCCCUGGCCCCACUGAAGCCCGCAACCCUGGGCAGAUCUGUGGGCAGGGAUCAGGAGUCUCCCAGUUUCCCACAGACUCCCUCUCCCACUCUGCAGGGUCUGUCUGUGCCAAUGAUGGGCGGCAUGAUGGGGGCAGAGGGCCUCGUGGCUCAGGGGGUCUCCAUACUAGGAGACCCGCCUAAAGAUGUGACUCCUCCCCAGAGUUCCUUUCUCGCCGUCAACCAUGCGUAUCCCUCAGGAGCUAACUGCAGACCUCACCCAUACAGGAAGAGACCCACGCUAACUAACGUGUCCAACCAGCACAUGCAGCCCAACUACAGCCUGCGCUACCAGGAGUCGUACGGCGCAGAGUAUCCUCCUCUUCAUCAAGAUGAGCUGCAGCACUUGUAUGAGGAGCAGGAGAACCACAUUGGUGACUUGGCAGGGUUCGGACAGCAGCUCUCUUGUCCGUCAGACUACAGCCAAAGGCACUUCACUUACCCCCCCAGCCCUCCCCUUUCCUCAUAUUUCAGCUCAGGGCCCGACGCCUCCGUUAAUGGCAGCCUCCCUCCCAGCCAGCUCAAUAGGGCUGUGGGGAUGCCUCCUCUGAGCCACACCUCCAGCUACCCUCUAGGACUCGGGAACACGAUGAAGACUCCCAUUGGUAGCCACAAGCGCGUCUUGUCCCGCCUCAUCCCGUCUCCGGAGCCGAGCCCAGAAGGCGGCUACGUGGGCCAACACUCCCAGGGCCUGGGGGGGCAUUACGCCGACUCCUACCUGAAGCGCAAGCGCAUCUUCUAAACAAAACACAAAAAAAACAAACAAGAAAAUGUCGCCACAAGAAGCCAGGAUGUGACUGAAUCUCCUCUAGUGAAAGCUGUCCCCCGGGGACAGUCCUUCCAUUUUUGUGUUUGUGUGUGUAUAUACUUUUAGUGUGUUGCUAAAUUUAAUUUUUUUUUUUACUUUUUUUUAAACUUUUUUUUUUUUUUGCGCUUUUGGUUUCCUGUCAAGACUAAUAUGUUUACAAGCAGGGAAUUAAAAAAAAAAAAAAGUGGUUAAUAACGCUGAUGUCACAUUUUUUUCCUUUUUAUGGCGUGUAAGUUGACUUUGGCCGGUUUUGAUGGUGUUAGACAUUUCAGUGACGUUACAAAAGGGACGUGCUUGCGUUGGCUUCGUUUGGAAGGCUCCACACUUUAAAUGGACCUUUUGCGUUGUUUCCUCACCUUGGUUGCAUGUGCACCUUCCUUUCCAUCCACUACAUUUCAACCAAAAAAAAAAAACCCACUCAAGCUUUAAAACUUUCCACGUUGUUUGUCUUUUGAUCGGCACCCUUUUGGAUUGUUUUGUUAGUCUUGUUUUUCCUCUCUCCCUCCACUGAGAGCACUGGUGUCUGUGGUGUCGUCUACGUUUUACGUGUUCAUUGUUCCUCUGACAGUCCAAAUGAUGCACACCGAGGAUGCUGGAAGAAUCCAGGCAGGAGUCUUUUUGUGUAUAUAUAUAUUUUUUAAUGCUUUUAUUUUUAGUGAUUUAGUUUGAUUGUGAGAACUUAUUACCUCCUUUUUAGUAUCCCGAGCCUUCCCAGUGUUGGCUUCAAGCUACAAUUACUGAUUCUGUCUUUUUAGUUGCUGUGUAAAUAGUUUGAUCUCGCUCUCUCUCUUGUUCCGCUGCUUAUGAAUAAUUUGCGGCGCCGACAAAGACGCAGGCCAACACUUGGAUGGUCAUUCACCUUGACUGACUGGAUUGUAACUGCUGUCUCUUAUGUACCGUGUGCGUGUGUGAGAGAGAAGUAAAUGUUA